AUGCGCUCCGCUAUCCCUCGCCUCCUCUCCCAGAGCCUACGCGCUCUUCAACCCGCCCUCUCCAAUCCUUCAAUCGCGACAUCUCGCCCGUUCUCCCAUCUAGCCUCCCGCGCCGUCCGUCCGUCCCCGACGUCAUUCCAGACACCUGGACGAAUCCCCAUCGCGGUCUUCCCCGUCCGCAACAAUUCCGGCGCCGCGAAGCCCCUCACCGACCGGGCGUCCGAUCCGGAGACAGACGCACGCAAUGAGGAGCAGAAUCGUCAGCGCCGCGAACAGGAGCCCGCGUAUCAGAUCACCUUCACCUGCAAGCCCUGCGGCCACCGCUCCAGCCACCGCAUGUCGAAACAUGGUUACCACCAUGGCACGGUCUUGAUCCGCUGUCCGUCCUGCGAAAACCGUCAUGUCAUCAGCGACCACCUCAAGAUCUUCUACCAUGAGAAGCGGACCCUCGAGGAUAUCCUGGCUGAGCAGGGAACGAAGUUAACCCGUGGCUAUACCAACGGUGAUAUGGAGUUCUGGGAGGAUGGGACUGUUACCCCGAAGUCCGGCGAUGCUGCCUCCCAGGAGGGGAGCACGUCCGGUCAGCAGGGAUCGUCUUGA